GGACAGCCCAGCAGGAGCCUGAGCUCACGCCUUGACCGGGAGUGCCCAUGUCCGCUCCUUGCCUUACCCCAAUGGCGUUGGCGGGCAAUGUGGCUUCCUUGCGAGUGGCGGCCUGGCCGUCUGCCCGUCUGUCCACAGCUGCAGCCCAGGGCAUGUGGUGUCACCAGUGCAAGGGCUUCGGUGGGUGCUCCCAUGCGGCCCAGUGCCCCCGGGGCAUGACCCACUGCGUCGUCAUCGCCACGCGAGCCCCCAUCAGUUUUGAGGACCUGCCCCUCGUCACCAAGAAGUGCUACAGCGGCUGCCCGGACGUGAGGAGCCUGGACCUGGGCCCGCAUGUGUCCAUCGCCUGCUGCCAGUCCAACCUCUGCAACCACGACUGA